CUGAUUCAUGUUUAUCUCCUGCAGCCAUUCUUCCUCUGUGCUGCACACAGCAUCUUUUUCCUGGCAGUCAGUGGAGAAGCACACAAGCAGACUGAACAUCGGUGUGAAUGACAGAACUAUCAGUGUUUUCUGCAAGUUCAUUAGUGAAGGAUGAAGUCAGAUAUUGAACUUAUCUUUGACUCACAGCAAAAAAUGGUAAAAAGUACUGGAAUUGGCAUCAAAAUAGACUUACAGUACUGAAAGUAAAAGUACUCAUUAUGCAGAGUUGGCAUUUCAUCAAUAGUGGAACUAACUUUAAUUAGUUUAUCCACUGCUAAGAGGGUGAAACCUGUAAAAAUACAUCAUGAUUUAUUUGUCUGUUAUAUUUUAUUAAUCAGAAUCUGCAAACCAAAGCUAUUAGAUGAGGUGAAGUACAAUGACAAUAUUUUGGCUCGCUGAACUGUGCCAGUUGCGCCAUAGACAAUAGAAAUACUCGUGUGAACUACAAAUACCUCAAACUUGUAUUUAAGUGCAGUAUUUGAUUGAAACCCUGCUAGUAAUAAAACAUGAUAGACUUGAUACCUGACAUGUCUGAUAUACAUCCUGAUGCAGAUGUGGGUUUUAACAGCUGAAAUAUACUUCUUUAAUUUCCUAAAUAUUUAGUGAAAUAUAAUUCCUACUGGAAACUUUAUUCUCCCUGUAGAUUAACUAUGUGCUAAAAUGUUCCAAUUCUGCUGUAAUCUGAAUAGAAGACAGAGCACAGUUAUUUGAAAAAAUUCAUUGAAUAAUAUCUGUUUUACUUCAAGUUAGUACCAAAGUUAACAACCCUCAAUAAAAGUCUAUUAGGAAUUAAUGAAAGAGUUUCGGAGAUAUUUUCAUGGUGGUGUGUGUGUGCGUAUGUGUUGUGCAUGCGUGUACACAGAUGUGUGUGUGUGUGUGUGUGUGUGUGUGUGUGUGUGUACGUUCAUAAUGUGUCUGUGGUCUUUAUCAGGGAGCUCCAGCUGGCAGUAAAACACACUCUCCCUCUCAGAGCAACUGUAAGAACCAUAUUCUGAAGACACGCAGCACUGAAGCACAUUAAAGAUAGCAAGGAAACUGGAAGAAAGACGAGGGGAGAUACCAUGCAGCACCAUCCAACAGCCAUGAAGGGGCUUCUGCUCCUCUUUCUGCUCCUCUUGUCCAGAGGUCAAAGGUCAUCGGCCUGCCCUCACCUGUGCUCCUGUCAUGGUGGUCAGGUAGACUGCAGCAGCAAGUCUCUCACCUCCUCUUCGCUCCCCACCAGCUUCCCUGCCGGAACCACAGACCUCCGUCUCCACAACAACCAGCUCUCCACCCUCCCCAACGGGCUCCUGGACAGCCUGACCUCCUUGCGCUCCGUCUCCCUCCACGGUAACCCCUGGGUGUGCGACUGUGGCGUCCUCUACCUGCGGGCCUGGCUGCUGCGUCAGCCCCCCAGCCUCACAUCACACCUGGGUGUGAACUGCAGCUCCCCUCCAGACCUCAGAGGGCGGCUGGUGGUGUAUUUAAGCGAGGAGGAGGUGCUGGAGUCCUGCCACUACUGGUACUGCGACCUGGCGUUGGCCUCGCAGGUGUGUCUGUUCGUGUUUGUGGUGGUGCAGACGGCUCUGCUGGUGGCGCUCAUCAUUUUCCUGAGGAAGUUCAAGAGGUUGUCCAAAGAGGCGAAAAGAAUCACAGAGGAGAGCUUCACUGUCGAAGAGGCCCAGAGGGAGAACGAAUACGCACCUUUAAAGGCCAGCAGCUUCUGAAGUGGAUCUAUAAUGUUUGAAGGACUGUUUCUCAUUUGCACACUGGAGAGAAAAUGUUUGCCAUUCUAGGCUUAAAUUCAAGCGACAACCUGAAUAAAUGAGUCAGGAAACAUAAAUACAAAUGAUCUUCACUGCCCUUACCUAUAGUAAGGUAUAGUAUAGUGAAACAUGCUAUAGGUAAGGAAAUAUAUUCCCUUUUCUUUGUCUUUCUUUGUUUUUAUUUUAUUCCAUUUUUUCCUCAUUUCAUACUUUAUUCAUCCCUUUUCUUCAGCGCUCCAAAUCUUUAUUUCCUCUCUUUUCUUUUUCAGUCCUGUCUCAGUCCACCAUUUUCAUUCCAUCUUUUCUUUCUUUUUGUCCCUCCUUUUUGUUUCUCGUCUUUGUUUUCCCCAUUUGUCUACAGUUUUUUCCUUCUCUGACUCCUUCUACUCGUUUUGCAUCCUAUUAUCUUCAUCUCAAACAUCUUCAACAUUUUAUCUUCGUUUAGUCUUUCAUUUCUACAUUUUUGUCCCCUUCUCUACUCCAGUUUUUGUUUCUUGUCUUGGCCUCUUUUUCAUUUCUCAUCUUUCUUUCACCCUUUUUCUCAGUUUAUUCCCUCCUUUCCCUUCUGUUUUUUUUCCUCCUCUUAAUUCUUUUUUCAACCUUUUUGCAUCCCGUUAUCUUCAUCCUCUUUAAGCAUCUUCAUCAUUUCCUCAUAUUACCUUACCUUAGUCUGUAAUUUUUAGCUUCACCCGAUUCAAGGUAAGCACUAGCACAACAGUUAAUACCUUUCUAAGGCACUUUAUAUUGGCUUUUCCUUUAAUUUAGCACAGUCAUAUCUGCUGGAUGUCACUGUAGAAUAGUCUAAAACAAAGAUUCAAAAUUAUCUGCAGUAGAGCCUGACAAAUAUUAAAUUCUAUUUCGUCUGAGAAAAAGAUUCCCAGUGUCAAAACACUGGAUGGUAAUAUCAUUAGAAUAUUUUGAUAAAAAACCCUUAAAUUUGAUAAUCAGACCACAUGACCAUUAUAUGUACCGAACAGCACAUUUUACAGACAUUGCUGUCUAUGUAAGCUAUGUAAACUACUUUUCUUUUUGUAACUUACCAGGUACAUGUUACUGAUACAUCUGUGUGAAUAUUCAUGUAACUGCAAAUCACAUACUCAUUGCAUGUAAUCAAAUUAUGAAGAAGAAAAUCCAGUUUUCUAUCUUAGAAACUGUUAACUGAGACUGAAAGCUUGCGGUAUAAAUGCGAAAUUUCAAUGUGGCCAAAGGCUGAAAAAUACCCUGCAUUAAAUAUAAAUACAAGUGUUUGUACAAUGGC